CAACUUGUCUCUGUUCAUACACAGCACACCUCUGACUGUCUUCUUACUGAAGAGCAGAAAUGGCAUUAAAAGGGAAAACUGCAGUAGUGACCGGAGCAGCGCUGGGGAUAGGAAAAGCAAUAACUGAGAUGCUUCUGCAAAAUGGUGCCAAGGUAACCCUUUUGGAUAUAAAUGAAACUGCAGGGAAGACUUUAAAGGAAGCCCUCAACAAACAGCAUGGAGAAGAGAGAUCUCUGUUCUUCGAGUGCAAUGUUGAGUCUGAGGAGCAGAUCAAAGCUGCCUUUCAGAGCACAGUAGACACAUUCAGAGGGAUAGACAUUGUAUGCAACAAUGCCGGCAUCUUGAAUGAGAAGCAGUGGGAGAAAACUGUCUCCGUAAACCUGAUGGGUCUAAUCAGGGUGAGCUAUGUGGCUUUAGAGUAUAUGAACAAGUUGAAUGGAGGAAAAGGAGGGACCGUGAUUAACGUAGCAUCUGUGGCAGGCCUCACUCCAGUACCAACUUGUCCCGUCUAUACAGCCACCAAGCAUGCUGUGGUCGGCUUCACUCGGGCCAUGGCCGCUGCCUCGUCCGCCUCAGGCUACGGCUUACGCUUCAAUGCAGUUUGCCCAAGCUUGGUCAAAACUGACCUCGUUGCCUCCCUUAUGGACAAUUUGGGACAAUUCUCCCACCUGGCUUAUGCUACUCAAUGUUCUUCAGUCCAAAGGGCAAUGGAUCCAUCGGAGGUUGCUGAAUGUGUCUUCGAGCUAGUGACAGGCGAGGCGAAGAAUGGCGAGAUCCUCAUGAAGGAAGCAAGCAGGAAGAAAUAUAUCACCUUUCCCACACUAAUCUAGUGGGUCCUGGCAAAGGCAGUGAACAACCCGAGUAAUGUCUGAACCUAAAACUAUUAGAGGAAAAUGCUGCAGUUCACAGUGUUGUUUUGUUUUGUUUGUGAAAGAUAAAUCUGUAAAUCACCACAAGUGAUUAGGAGAAAGAAGCAAACAAUAAAUGAGUGAAAGUCCAGUUUCUGACUAAGAGGAGAAACGGCUGUGACUGUGCUUUAAACUUUUUGGAUCUUUCAUGAUGCAGAAAAUAUUUCUUGUAAAUUUAAGAGAAAUGUUAAUAAGAGCUUCCGUCCUUGCACUGCACUUGCACUGAAGAAAGAAAAGUUUCUAACAUAACAACAACAAGAUGGUUCGCUCUACUUGCUAUAGUGUGCACUUACAUGUUAUAAGAAAACAAAAAAAAAAAUCCACUAUAUUAAUUAGAAAUAUGAUUGUUUGCUACUGGAAAAUGUUUAAAAUUAGAAAAUGAAAAGUAAAAUCUGCUGUGCUGCUUUAUCGUGGGGCCAAACGUCACCUGUGGUCUGGUAAAUGUUAAGAAAUUCAAUGCAAAACAUGACAGUUCUGUCCCACCUAAACAAAAUUGCUUAAAUAAUUCUGUUAAACUAUGGCUGACUGAUCAGCAAUGUGUCUUACCUGGUUUGUAGACCUCUUAAGCUAAAAAUACAACAAACAGUUCUCUGUCCCAGUAAACAGCUACAUUGUCCAAAUUACACAGACAACUUUCACAUAAAGUACUUUAACAUGUUGGAAGCUGAGAAACUACUAUGGGAACUAUCUUGAUUUUAAAAGUCCUUACUUUUGAUUAUAACCACUCUUCUUCUACAGUCCUGUCUUUCUUACAUCUUUUUCCAUCUCAGAGUGAAGUUAUCUCACACACUCUGCAUGGGAAAUAUAGCAGCUGUACCUUUAACUAACAGACACGCUGCAUGACAAACUCCACAAAAGCUUUUGUGUGUUUGCUGAUAUUUGUUGAGCUGCUAGAACAUUUCGUUUGAAAUUAUCUGCCAGCUUAAAUGAAAUGUACUCAUUUUAUCCUAAUUCUUCUUCAGUAAUGCUAGCUAGAUGCUAA